UGAUCAUUAUCGUACACACAAAUACAAAGUGGUAAAUAUCGAUCACAUUCAUUUUAAUUUGUGUUUCCCUUUAAGCUACUUUCCGCAUCGUAAAACACUUAUACAUUACUGUACAGUUGCUUGAAUACGCCUACCCAGGAAGGAUUGUAAUAAAACCGACUGUUUUGCUGUUGUAAAGUGGAUUAUUAAUAGUCAUGUCUCAGCAACAAGAACUGUCGAAAAUGAGUAGUGCGUUCGAGAAAUCGGUUCUGGAAUUCUCUUUACCACUGUAUCAAGCAUUAGACAAAGAAGGAAAUGUGUUUAUGUCACCGUACAGUGUAUCUGCUGCGUUGAUGUUACUUCUUUUGGGAACGGAUGGUGACACUAAAAGAGAAUUAGAAUCUGCUUUAAACCUUCAGGGACAAAAAGGUUCUUCUGCCCAUGAAGGAUACAAUUCACUGCAUAACACACUAUGUUCUAAAUCAGGAAAUGGUGUACUAGUGACAAUAGCCAAUAGAUUAUUUUCGAAACUAGGAGUAGAUUUGAAGACAAAUUUCACCGAUGCUGCUAAGAAAUAUUAUGGCAGUGAAGUACAACUUAUGGACUUUGAAAACAAAGCGGAAGAAGCAAGAAUUCAAAUUAACUCUUGGAUAGAAAAACAAACCAGGGAUAAGAUUAAGGAUCUCCUUUCUCCGAAUCUUCUGACGAAGGAUACACUGAUGGUUUUAACAAAUGCUAUAUAUUUUAAAGGCGAUUGGGAGCUCAAAUUUGAUGAAAAAAGUACUUCGAGGCAACCAUUUCACGUGGACGACGAAAAAGUGAUCGAAGUAGAUAUGAUGUUUGGUAAAAAGAAAGUUAUGUCCGGUGAGUUUGACGAGAUGGAUUGUAAGUGUUUACAACUGCCAUACAAAGGGGACACACUUUCUAUGUUGAUUAUUCUACCAAACAAAAAGAUGGGUUUGGAAGUGUUAGAAAGUAAUCUGACCGUUUCGACAUUACAAAAAGCCAUUGACAGUACUUAUAAACAGGACACAAACAUUUCAAUACCGAAGUUUAAAAUCGAGGCUACGUUUGAUCUCACUAAAGUUUUACCAAAGCUUGGCAUCACAAAAAUAUUCGAUACUAGUGCUGACUUUAGUGGAAUCUAUCAAGAUGGUGGGAAAGAUGUUUAUGUGAGCGACGCCAUACACAAAGCUUUCGUUGAAGUGAACGAGGAAGGAACAGAAGCAGCUGCUGCCACCGCUCUAGUAAUGACCCGGAUGAUGAUGCCACUUCCGCCAUUUGAGUUUAAAGCAGACCAUCCGUUCUUGUUUUUCAUCCGUGAAAAUGAAUCUGGAACAAUACUUUUCAUGGGUAGAUAUUCAAAGCCGACCUAAAAGAUGUGUGUACGCAUGUGUUGAAACAUUGAAGCCGAGAAGUUUCAUAUACUUGUCAACAAGAGUAUCAUGUAACUUUCAUUUUGUGUAAUUUAAUCAGAUUAUAUACUUAUUGAAAAUUUAUAGACUAAGCAUUGUGCAACUAAAUAAUAAAUAUGUUUUGGAAGAA